GAAAAAAAUGCACAAAAAACAAGGCUGGCUAUAGAGAUUGCUAGGUCCUAGCAUUUGGAAGGGAGUAACAAAAUUGAUGGUGAUGAAUUGUUGGGGUUAUCGCCCAUAAAGAUGUUUCUGAAAUUGCUUAUGGAGCUUGUGAUCUAAAUGAGGGGAUAUCUGUGUUCUAGCCCAUGGUUAAUGGCUAAGGGUGAUUAACUUCUAUUUUAAGGGUUUUAUUGUUCAGAUUUUAUCAAUAUUUUAUGUUCUUGAUCCUUAAAAAAAAUACGGAGUAAUAAAGAGGGUACGGUUGCCCGAUUUUGGAAAGAACAGUAUCAGCCUCUGUAGAGAUCUCACAGGAGAGGAGCAUUCCAUUGAAAAGCACGAGAAGAAGAAGAAGAAGGGAGCAGCAGAAGAUGAGCUCAGCGUCGCUGCCGUCUUCCUCCUUGGUCUCUUCGUCUCAUCCCAUUCAAUCGAAAUUCCAUCUCCAGCCACAACGUUGUUCUCUCGUCCAACUUAGGUUGCCAAAAAAGCCUCUUUCUUCCUUCAAUUUUCACUCCCGGAGAUUGUCACUGAGGUGCAGGUGUAAUAAGACUCCCGGUGGCUCUGAUUCUGGUGAAAAUGAGAGCAAAAUCGUUCUUGAUGCCUUCUUCUUGGGGAAGGCUAUAGGGGAAGCUCUUAGCGAGCGUAUUGAGUCCACAGUGGGUGAAUUUGUAAGUACAAUUGGGAGAUUGCAAGCUGAGCAACAGAAGCAAGUGCUGGAGUUCCAGGAAGAAGUUUUGCAUAGGGCUAAAAUGGCCAAGGAAAAAGCAGCACACCAAACGUUUGAAGCACAAGGUCUUACCCCAAAGCCAGCCACACCUGAUCCGAUGACUUAUGCCACAGUACCACCAAGUCAAGCUAAUACGACCUCCUCUUAUCCCGACUCAAAUUUUCAGGCCUUCAAUAGAGAAUCAGAUUCUAGCGACGAAGGCACUCCGUUUGGCUCAUCCGAUAAGUAUUAACAAUAAAUGCACUUGUUUACUGCAUUUUGCAAAGAUUAAACACGACACUUAUGUAUAAUUAGUAUUUUAACCCGUGCCAUGCACGAGAUGGUCCAAAAUUGUUUGUAAUUCUACAAUAUGGAAUAUUAAAAUGACUUUGUUUCUUAUGAGACAUAUGAUUUAGACAUCAAAUAUAAAUGAUCUAGGUUU